GAGCAGCCACUCAGAAAAAGAAGUUUAAAACAACUCAGAGAAGAAGAGGGAGGGAGAGAGAGGGGGGGGCUGAGAAAACGCCCUGGAAACUUGGUUCAUCGAGAAAUAGGAAAAGAGUGACAAAUCCUUACAGACUGCAACGUUGUGAGUGGAAGAAGUGCUUUUCUUGGGCUGGGGAGAAGGGGAGAGUGCAAGUUUUCAAGGAUGCUCAAGUUGGUGUGAGGCUUCUUGGGCGCAAAGACUGCGCACAGAAGUCAAGAAUACAAGAACCAAAGCAUCAGUCUGAACACCUUGGCCUUGCCUGAGCAAUCCGAGGAAAACCACGACAGAGUCUUCAUCAGACCAGGCCUUGAAUAGAAGACAGCAAAAAUAAGAUGGCUGAAGAGGAGGAAACCAGGGAGGUGCUCUUUCAAGAUUGGGAGGGUCCAGACAAAACUGGCCUGACCAUUGAACAAACAAGUGGAGGAGAGAUCUUUGUUAAGGAGGUUAGAGGAGAGUCACCUGCAGCACGGUCUGGAAAAGUAUAUGAAGGUGACCAGAUUGUAGGUGCCACUGUCUAUUUUGAUAACAUGAGCUCAGAAGAAACAGCUGAGCUACUGAAGACACUGAACCGCCACAAGGUUGGACUGAAACUACAAAACAAAGGAGACAAAUCCCCUUGCUGCUCACCCUUGAGCACACCAUGUCGUUCACCAAUGGGCACCCUGACAUGGGAAGGGAAGACCCGGUUUGGAGGUUCUAGUCCAGAAAUCAUCCUUAGUGGAGAUGAUGAGGACUAUAGGAGAAUAUACACAAAAAAGAUUAAACCAAGACUGAAGUCUGAAGAUCUUGCAGAGGGAGUAGAUGUUCGCACAGAGCGGCAUAGCAGCACAAGCAGUGAUGGCAGCACAAUCACUACUGUCACCCGCCGCAUCACUACCUACACUGUGGAAAUGCCAGGUGGCAUAAGUGAGCAACUUGAACUUUCAAGCCCAGAGUUCAAGGGGCUCAGGCACGAAUCUGGAGAUGGCUCUCCUCGUAUCAGAAUCUCACAUGGCAGCCCUUCAGGUAAAGCGGGAACAGAAAGGGGAGUUUUUGAGUCAAGCAAUAUCUCCUACACUGGGCCACAGAUUAGUUCCACAGAGACACACUGGGGCAGUGGGGGAAUUCAAACCACAACAGUUACAAGAGAGGGAGAAAGUGGUACAGGUAUCAGAUUCAAAGGGUCUAAUUUUGGGAGUACAGUUCAUGAAGGCUUUGAGAUAUCAAGAGGGCGUGUAGAGCAAAGAGACGGAAGCAUUCAUGAGUCUGGAACAACUAUGACAAUAAGUGACAGCACAAACACUGGUAGUAGCCAUAUUACAAUUGGAGGGCUGGGAGGAACAGAGGUAACCUCAGCUGAUGGAAAUAGCGGGUCAAUUAGUUUAUCUUUACCAGGAAAAACCAUGCAGAUUUCGACUUCAUCCAUACUUAAAAAACAGGAUGGAAGUAUUGACACUAGUGUGGGUGAGAGGACUAAGGUGAAUGUAUCUGAAAGUACCAUCAGUCACCCACAGGUGAAGGGAUCAAGCACUAUUGAUAUUCCAAAUGUCAAUCUUGGUGGAGUUUCUACAGCUAUUGAUACCGAAGUGAGAGGUGGCAGGAUAGAUGGGCCAUCAAUAAAACUUGGAAAUAUUACCUCAGGAUAUUCCUCAGCUCCAGGCAAGAUUUCAGUGGAAGAUGUGGAUGUCAAUCUUACAGGUUCAAAGUUGAAAAGUGAGAUAGAUAUCAACCUACCAAGCACAAAAGAAGGAACAAAAGCAUUGGGAAUGGAUACUGAAGUUCCAGCCUGUGGAAAUAAGGAAACUGUGGGUGGCAUAAAAAUGUCAACAAUCAAGAUGCCUGUGAUUGGAAUGAAAGGAAUCAAGAAAGGGGGAACAAGUGUUGAAGUUAAACUCAGCGGGGAUGCAGAAAUGUCAGUACCUGUGAUGAAAGGUCCAGAAAUAGAUUUAGACAUCAAGACACCUGAAGGUGGACUCAAUCAGCCAAAAUCCUCCAUUCCAUCUAUUGGCCUGAAAGGUCCAAAGCUUGAAGGAGAGGUGGCUAUGUCCCAACCAAAAAUUAAAGGAGACAUAACAGCACCAAAAAUUGACAUCCAAAGUCCAAAAGCUGAUGUUAAAGAGACAAACGGUGCAGUUGGUCCAAAAACUAUGGAAGUGAACAUAAAAACACCUGAACUUGAAAUCAAAGGGCUAGAUGCUGGCACAGAGAGCAGUGGAGGAGCAUCAAUAAUCAAGGUGCCGUCAAUUGCAGGAGCAAAAAUAUCCAUGCCAGACAUGGAUUCAAGGGCCAGAAGUCUUAAACUCACAGGAGAUGUGGAUAUGUCAGGUCCAAAGAUUAAGGAAAACAAAAAAAUACUUGAUGUUGAUGUGAAACAUCCAGAAGUUGAUAUUGCUGGGUCAAAGGUUGGAAUUAGAAUGCCUGAAAUCAAAAUGUCAUCAUUUGGCUUCAAAGGUCCACAGGUAGAAGGUCCAGAUGUUGACAUUGACUUAGUAAAAACUAAUUCUGACCUCAAAGCCCAGUUAGAGGGAGACAUUAAAACACCUAAGGUGGACAUCAAAGGUCCAGGGGUUGAAAUUGAAGGUCCUAAUGCAAAUAUCAGAGGACCCAAAGUUGACUUCCCAUCCAUUUCAGGACCAAAAGUGUCCAUGCCAGAUGUGGAUUUCGACCUAAAAGGCCCCAACCUCAAAGGUGAUGUGAAUGCAUCAGCACCAAAGAUAGAAGGAGACGUGAAAAGACCUAAAGUUGACAUUAAAGGUCCAGAGGUUGAUAUUGGAGAACCAAAGGGUGGAUUUGAAAUGCCUAAAAUCAAAAUGCCAUCAUUUGGCUUCAAAGGUCCAAAAGUGGAGGGUCCAGACAUUGAUUUAAACCUUCCCAAAGCAGACAUUGAUGUGAAAAUACCUGACGUUGACAUUAAAGCUCCAGAGAUUGACAUUGAAGGCCCUGAUGCAAAAAUCAAAGGACCCAAAGUCAAGAUGCCAACAAUAAAAGCACCAAAGAUUCCAGAUUUUGACAUCAAACUGAAAGGUCCGAAAGUUGAAGGAGAUGCAGAUAUUUCUCUUCCGAAGAUUGAGGGAGAUAUAAAAGCUCCUGAGUUGGAAAUUGAAGGACCAGAUGUUGAUAUUGAAGGACACAAAGGAGGAUUUAAAAUGCCUAAAAUCAAAAUGCCAUCAUUUGGCAUUAAAGGUCCCAAAGUGGAAGGUCGAGAUGUUGAUACUGAUCUCCCAAAAGCCAACGUUAAUGUGACCGCACCUGAGAUUGACAUUAAAAAACCAGAUCUGGAAGUUCAAGGACCAGAUGCAAAACUCAAAGGACCCAAAUUCAGCAUGCCAUCCAUUUCUGGACCAAAAGUGUCCAUGCCAGAUGUGGAUUUCGACCUGAAAGGCCCAAACCUCAAAGGUGAUGUGGAUGUGUCAGCUCCAAAGAUAGAAGGAGACAUUAAAACUCCUAAGGUUGACAUCAAAGGUCCAGAGAUUGAUAUAGGAGGACCAGCGGGUGGAUUUGAAAUGCCUAAAAUCAAGAUGCCAUCAUUUGGCUUCAAAGGUCCCAAAGUGGAGGGUCCGGAUGUUGAUUUAAACCUUCCCAAAGCAGACAUUGAUGUGAAAGUACCUGACGUUGACAUUAAAGCUCCAGAGAUUGACAUUGAAGGCCCUGAUGCAAAAAUCAAAGGACCCAAGGUCAAGAUGCCAACCAUAAAAACACCAAAGAUUCCAGAUUUUGACAUCAAACUGAAAGGUCCGAAAGUUGGGGGAGAUGUAGAUGUUUCUCUUCCAAAGGUUGAAGGAGACAUAAAAGCUCCUGAGCUGGACAUUGAAGGUCCAGAUGUUGAUAUUGAAGGACACAAAGGAGGAUUUAAAAUGCCUAAAAUCAAAAUUCCAUCAUUUGGCUUGAAGGGUCCCAAAGUGGAAGGUCCAGAUGUUGAUAUUGAUCUUCAAAAAGCUAACAUUGAUGUGACUGCACCUGAGAUUGACAUUAAAAAACCAGAUCUGGACAUUGGAGCACCAGAUGCAAAACUCAAAGGACCCAAAUUCAGCAUGCCAUCCAUUUCUGGACCAAAGGUGUCCAUGCCAGAUGUGGAUUUAACUCUGAAAGGUCCCAGACUCAAAGGUGAUGUGGAUGUGUCAGCUCCAAAGAUAGAAGGAGACAUUAAAAUUCCAAAGGUUGACAUCAAAGGUCCAGAGGUUGAUAUUGAAGGACCAGCGGGUGGAUUUGAAAUGCCUAAAAUCAAAAUGCCAUCAUUUGGCUUCAAAGGUCCGAAAGUGGAGGGUCCGGAUGUUGAUUUAAACCUUCCCAAAGCAGACAUUGGUGUCAAAGUACCCGACGUUGACAUUAAAGCUCCAGAGAUUGACAUUGAAGGCCCUGAUGCAAAAAUCAAAGGACCCAAAGUCAAGAUGCCAAACAUAAAAGCACCAAAGAUUCCAGAUUUUGACAUCAAACUAAGAGGCCCAAAAGGUGAGGGAGAUGCAGAUGUUUCUCUUCCAAAGAUUGAAGGAGACAUAAAAGCUCCUGAGCUGGACAUUGAAGGUCCAGAUGUUGAUAUUGAAGGACACAAGGGAGGAUUUAAAAUGCCUAAAAUCAAAAUGCCAUCAUUUGGCAUCAAAGGUCCCAAAGUGGAAGGUCCAGAUGUUGAUAUUGAUCUCCCAAAAGCUGACAUUGAUGUGACUGCACCUGAGAUUGACAUUAAAAAACCAGAUCUGGACAUUGGAGCACCAGAUGCAAAACUCAAAGGACCCAAAUUCAGCAUGCCAUCCAUUUCAGGGCCAAACGUGUCCAUGCCAGAUGUGGAUUUCAGGCUGAAAGGUCCAAAAAUCAAAGGUGAUGUGGAUGUGUCAGCUCCAAAGAUAGAAGGAGACAUUAAAACUCCUAAGGUUGACAUCAAAGGUCCAGAGAUUGAUAUAGGAGGACCAGCGGGUGGAUUUGAAAUGCCUAAAAUCAAGAUGCCAUCAUUUGGCUUCAAAGGUCCCAAAGUGGAGGGUCCGGAUGUUGAUUUAAACCUUCCCAAAGCAGACAUUGAUGUGAAAGUACCUGACGUUGACAUUAAAGCUCCAGAGAUUGACAUUGAAGGCCCUGAUGCAAAAAUCAAAGGACCCAAAGUCAAGAUGCCAACAAUAAAAGCACCAAAGAUUCCAGAUUUUGACAUCAAACUGAAAGGUCCGAAGGUUGGUGGAGAUGUAGAUGUUUCUCUUCCAAAGGUUGAAGGAGACAUAAAAGCUCCUGAACUGGACAUUGAAGGUCCAGAUGUUGAUAUUGAAGGAUACAAAGGAGGAUUUAAAAUGCCUAAAAUCAAGAUGCCAUCAUUUGGCUUCAAGGGUCCCAAAGUAGAAGGUCCAGAUGUUGAUAUUGAUCUCCCAAAGGCUAACAUUGAUGUGAAUGCACCCAAGAUUGACAUUAAAAAACCAGAUCUGGACAUUGGAGCACCAGAUGCAAAACUCAAAGGACCCAAAUUCAGCAUGCCAUCCAUUUCUGGACCAAAAGUGUCCAUGCCAGAUGUGGAUUUCAGUCUGAAAGGUCCAAAAAUCAAAGGUGAUGUGGAUGUGUCAGCUCCAAAGAUAGAAGGAGAUAUUAAAACUCCUAAGGUUGACAUUAAAGGUCCAGAGAUUGAUAUAGGAGGACCAGCGGGUGGAUUUGAAAUGCCUAAAAUCAAGAUGCCAUCAUUUGGCUUCAAAGGUCCCAAAGUGGAGGGUCCGGAUGUUGAUUUAAACCUUCCCAAAGCAGACAUUGAUGUGAAAGUACCUGACGUUGACAUUAAAGCUCCAGAGAUUGACAUUGAAGGCCCUGAUGCAAAAAUCAAAGGACCCAAAGUCAAGAUGCCAACAAUAAAAGCACCAAAGAUUCCAGAUUUUGACAUCAAACUGAAAGGUCCGAAAGUUGGGGGAGAUGUAGAUGUUUCUCUUCCAAAGAUUGAAGGAGACAUAAAAGCUCCUGAGCUGGACAUUGAAGGUCCAGAUGUUGAUAUUGAAGGACACAAAGGAGGAUUUAAAAUGCCUAAAAUCAAGAUGCCAUCAUUUGGCUUCAAGGGUCCCAAAGUGGAAGGUCCAGAUGUUGAUAUUGAUCUCCCAAAAGCUAACAUUGAUGUGAAUGCACCUGAGAUUGACAUUAAAAAACCAGAUCUGGACAUUGGAGCACCAGAUGCAAAGCUCAAAGGACCCAAAUUCAGCAUGCCAUCCAUUUCUGGACCAAAAGUGUCCAUGCCAGAUGUGGAUUUCAGUCUGAAAGGCCCCAGACUCAAAGGUGAUGUGGAUGUGUCAACUCCAAAGAUAGAAGGAGACAUUAAAACUCCUAAGGUUGACAUCACAGGUCCAGAGGUUGAUAUUGAAGGACCAAAGGGUGGAUUUGAAAUGCCUAAAAUUAAGAUGCCAUCAUUUGGCUUCAAAGGUCCAAAAGUGGAGGGUCCGGAUGUUGAUUUAAACCUUCCCAAAGCAGACAUUGAUGUGAAAGUACCUGACGUUGACAUUAAAGCUCCAGAGAUUAACAUUGAAGGCCCUGAUGCAAAAAUCAAAGGACCCAAGGUCAAGAUGCCAACAAUAAAAGCACCAAAGAUUCCAGAUUUUGACAUCAAACUGAAAGGUCCAAAAGUUGGGGGAGAUGUAGAUGUUUCUCUUCCAAAGAUUGAAGGAGACAUAAAAGCUCCUGAGUUGGACAUUGAAGGUCCAGAUGUUGAUAUUGAAGGACACAAAGGAGGAUUUAAAAUGCCUAAAAUCAAGAUGCCAUCAUUUGGCGUGAAGGGUCCCAAAGUGGAAGGUCCAGAUGUUGAUAUUGAUCUCCCAAAAGCUAACAUUGAUGUGAAUGCACCUGAGAUUGACAUUAAAAAACCAGAUCUGGACAUUGGAGCACCAGAUGCAAAACUCAAAGGACCCAAAUUCAGCAUGCCAUCCAUUUCUGGACCAAAAGUGUCCAUGCCAGAUGUGGAUUUCAGUCUGAAAGGUCCAAAACUCAAAGGUGAUGUGGAUGUGUCAGCUCCAAAGAUAGAAGGAGACAUUAAAACGCCUAAGGUUGACAUCAAAGGUCCAGAGAUUGAUAUAGGAGGACCAGCGGGUGGAUUUGAAAUGCCUAAAAUCAAGAUGCCAUCAUUUGGCUUCAAAGGUCCAAAAGUGGAGGGUCCGGAUGUUGAUUUAAACCUUCCCAAAGCAGACAUUGAUGUGAAAGUACCUGACGUUGACAUUAAAGCUCCAGAGAUUGACAUUGAAGGCCCUGAUGCAAAAAUCAAAGGACCCAAGGUCAAGAUGCCAACAAUAAAAGCACCAAAGAUUCCAGAUUUUGACAUCAAACUGAAAGGUCCAAAAGUUGGGGGAGAUGUAGAUGUUUCUCUUCCAAAGAUUGAAGGAGACAUAAAAGCUCCUGAGUUGGACAUUGAAGGUCCAGAUGUUGAUGUUGAAGGACACAAAGGAGGAUUUAAAAUGCCUAAAAUCAAGAUGCCAUCAUUUGGCGUGAAGGGUCCCAAAGUGGAAGGUCCAGAUGUUGAUAUUGAUCUCCCAAAAGCUAACAUUGAUGUGAAUGCACCUGAGAUUGACAUUAAAAAACCAGAUCUGGACAUUGGAGCACCAGAUGCAAAACUCAAAGGACCCAAAUUCAGCAUGCCAUCCAUUUCUGGACCAAAAGUGUCCAUGCCAGAUGUGGAUUUCAGUCUGAAAGGUCCAAAACUCAAAGGUGAUGUGGAUGUGUCAGCUCCAAAGAUAGAAGGAGACAUUAAAACGCCUAAGGUUGACAUCAAAGGUCCAGAGAUUGAUAUACGAGGACCAGCGGGUGGAUUUGAAAUGCCUAAAAUCAAGAUGCCAUCAUUUGGCUUCAAAGGUCCAAAAGUGGAGGGUCCGGAUGUUGAUUUAAACCUUCCCAAAGCAGACAUUGAUGUGAAAGUACCUGACGUUGACAUUAAAGCUCCAGAGAUUGACAUUGAAGGCCCUGAUGCAAAAAUCAAAGGACCCAAGGUCAAGAUGCCAACAAUAAAAGCACCAAAGAUUCCAGAUUUUGACAUCAAACUGAAAGGUCCAAAAGUUGGGGGAGAUGUAGAUGUUUCUCUUCCAAAGAUUGAAGGAGACAUAAAAGCUCCUGAGUUGGACAUUGAAGGUCCAGAUGUUGAUAUUGAAGGACACAAAGGAGGAUUUAAAAUGCCUAAAAUCAAGAUGCCAUCAUUUGGCUUCAAGGGUCCCAAAGUGGAAGGUCCAGAUGUUGAUAUUGAUCUCCCAAAAGCUAACAUUGAUGUGAAUGCACCUGAGAUUGACAUUAAAAAACCAGAUCUGGACAUUGGAGCACCAGAUGCAAAGCUCAAAGGACCCAAAUUCAGCAUGCCAUCCAUUUCUGGACCAAAAGUGUCCAUGCCAGAUGUGGAUUUCAGUCUGAAAGGUCCAAAAAUCAAGGGUGAUGUGGAUGUGUCAGUUCCAAAGAUAGAAGGAGACAUUAAAACACCUAAGGUUGACAUCAAAGGUCCAGAGAUUGAUAUAGGAGGACCAGCGGGUGGAUUUGAAAUGCCUAAAAUCAAAAUGCCAUCAUUUGGCUUCAAAGGUCCAAAAGUGGAGGGUCCGGAUGUUGAUUUAAACCUUCCCAAAGCAGACAUUGAUGUGAAAGUACCCGACGUUGACAUUAAAGCUCCAGAGAUUGACAUUGAAGGCCCUGAUGCAAAAAUCAAAGGACCCAAAGUCAAGAUGCCAACAAUAAAAGCACCAAAGAUUCCAGAUUUUGACAUCAAACUGAAAGGUCCGAAAGUUGGGGGAGAUGUAGAUGUUUCUCUUCCAAAGGUUGAAGGAGACAUAAAAGCUCCUGAGCUGGACAUUGAAGGUCCAAAUGUUGAUAUUGAAGGACACAAAGGAGGAUUUAAAAUGCCUAAAAUCAAGAUGCCAUCAUUUGGUUUCAAAGGUCCCAAAGUGGAGGGUCCAGAUGUUGAUAUUGAUCUCCCAAAGGUUAACAUUGAUGUGAAUGCACCUAAGAUUGACAUUAAAAAACCAGAUCUGGACAUUGGAGCACCAGAUGCGAAACUCAAAGGACCCAAAUUCAGCAUGCCAUCCAUUUCUGGACCAAAAGUGUCCAUGCCAGAUGUGGAUUUCAGUCUGAAAGGUCCAAAAAUCAAAGGUGAUGUGGAUGUGUCAGUUCCAAAGAUAGAAGGAGACAUUAAAACACCUAAGGUUGACAUCAAAGGUCCAGAGGUUGAUAUUGAAGGACCAAAGGGUGGAUUUGAAAUGCCUAAAAUCAAGAUGCCAUCAUUUGGCUUCAAAGGUCCAAAAGUGGAGGGUCCGGAUGUUGAUUUAAACCUUCCCAAAGCAGACAUUGAUGUGAAAGUACCUGACGUUGACAUUAAAGCUCCAGAAAUUGACAUUGAAGGCCCUGAUGCAAAAAUCAAAGGGCCCAAAGUCAAGAUGCCAACAAUAAAAGCACCAAAGAUUCCAGAUUUUGACAUCAAACUGAAAGGUCCGAAGGUUGGGGGAGAUGUAGAUGUUUCUCUUCCAAAGGUUGAAGGAGACAUAAAAGCUCCUGAGCUGGACAUUGAAGGUCCGGAUGUUGAUAUUGAAGGACACAAAGGAGGAUUUAAAAUGCCUAAGAUUAAAAUGCCAUCGUUUGGCUUCAAAGGUCCAAAAGUGGAAGGUCCAGAUGUUGAUAUUGAUCUCCCAAAGGCUAACAUUGAUGUGAAUGCACCUGAGAUUGACAUUAAAAAACCAGAUCUGGACAUUGGAGCACCAGAUGCAAAACUCAAAGGACCCAAAUUCAGCAUGCCAUCCAUUUCUGGACCAAAAGUGUCCAUGCCAGAUGUGGAUUUCAGUCUGAAAGGUCCCAGACUCAAAGGUGAUGUGGAUGUGUCAGCUCCAAAGAUAGAAGGAGACAUUAAAACACCUAAGGUUGACAUCAAAGGUCCAGAGAUUGAUAUAGGAGGACCAGCGGGUGGAUUUGAAAUGCCUAAAAUCAAAAUGCCAUCAUUUGGUUUCAAAGGUCCCAAAGUGGAGGGUCCGGAUGUUGAUUUAAACCUUCCCAAAGCAGACAUUGAUGUGAAAGUACCUGACGUUGACAUUAAAGCUCCAGAGAUUGACAUUGAAGGCCCUGAUGCAAAAAUCAAAGGACCCAAAGUCAAGAUGCCAACCAUAAAAGCACCAAAGAUUCCAGAUUUUGACAUCAAACUGAAAGGUCCAAAAGUUGGUGGAGAUGUAGAUGUUUCUCUUCCAAAGAUUGAAGGAGACAUAAAAGCUCCUGAGUUGGACAUUGAAGGUCCAGAUGUUGAUAUUGAAGGACACAAAGGAGGAUUUAAAAUGCCUAAAAUCAAGAUGCCAUCAUUUGGCUUCAAGGGUCCCAAAGUGGAAGGUCCAGACGUUGAUAUUGAUCUCCCAAAGGCUAACAUUGAUGUGAAUGCACCUAAGAUUGACAUUAAAAAACCAGAUCUGGACAUUGGAGCACCAGAUGCAAAGCUCAAAGGACCCAAAUUCAGCAUGCCAUCCAUUUCUGGACCAAAAGUGUCCAUGCCAGAUGUGGAUUUCAGUCUGAAAGGUCCCAGACUCAAAGGUGAUGUGGAUGUGUCAGCUCCAAAGAUAGAAGGAGACAUUAAAACUCCUAAGGUUGACAUCAAAGGUCCAGAGAUUGAUAUGGGAGGGCCAGCGGGUGGAUUUGAAAUGCCUAAAAUCAAGAUGCCAUCAUUUGGCUUCAAAGGUCCAAAAGUGGAGGGUCCAGAUGUUGAUUUAAACCUUCCCAAAGCAGACAUUGAUGUGAAAGUACCUGAUGUUGACAUUAAAGCUCCAGAGAUUGACAUUGAAGGCCCUGAUGCAAAAAUCAAAGGACCCAAAGUCAAGAUGCCAACAAUAAAAGCACCAAAGAUUCCAGAUUUUGACAUCAAACUGAAAGGUCCAAAAGUUGGUGGAGAUGUAGAUGUUUCUCUUCCAAAGAUUGAAGGAGACAUAAAAGCUCCUGAGUUGGACAUUGAAGGUCCAGAUGUUGAUAUUGAAGGACACAAAGGAGGAUUUAAAAUGCCUAAAAUCAAGAUGCCAUCAUUUGGCUUCAAGGGUCCCAAAGUGGAAGGUCCAGAUGUUGAUAUUGAUCUCCCAAAGGCUAACAUUGAUGUGACUGCACCUGAGAUUGACAUUAAAAAACCAGAUCUGGACAUUGGCGCACCAGAUGCGAAACUCAAAGGACCCAAAUUCAGCAUGCCAUCCAUUUCUGGACCAAAAGUGUCCAUGCCAGAUGUGGAUUUCAGUCUGAAAGGUCCAAAAAUCAAAGGUGAUGUGGAUGUGUCAGUUCCAAAGAUAGAAGGAGACAUUAAAACUCCUAAGGUUGACAUCAAAGGUCCAGAGAUUGAUAUAGGAGGACCAGCGGGUGGAUUUGAAAUGCCUAAAAUCAAAAUGCCAUCAUUUGGCUUCAAAGGUCCAAAAGUAGAGGGUCCGGAUGUUGAUUUAAACCUUCCCAAAGCAGACAUUGAUGUGAAAGUACCUGACGUUGACAUUAAAGCUCCAGAGAUUGACAUUGAAGGCCCUGAUGCAAAAAUCAAAGGACCCAAAGUCAAGAUGCCAAACAUAAAAGCACCAAAGAUUCCAGAUUUUGACAUCAAACUGAAAGGUCCGAAGGUUGGUGGAGAUGUAGAUGUUUCUCUUCCAAAGAUUGAAGGAGACAUAAAAGCUCCUGAGUUGGACAUUGAAGGUCCAGAUGUUGAUAUUGAAGGACACAAAGGAGGAUUUAAAAUGCCUAAAAUCAAGAUGCCAUCAUUUGGCUUCAAAGGUCCCAAAGUGGAAGGUCCAGAUGUUGAUAUUGAUCUCCCAAAAGCUGACAUUGAUGUGAAUGCACCUGAGAUUGACAUUAAAAAACCAGAUCUGGACAUUGGAGCACCAGAUGCAAAACUCAAAGGACCCAAAUUCAGCAUGCCAUCCAUUUCUGGACCAAAAGUGUCCAUGCCAGAUGUGGAUUUCAGUCUGAAAGGUCCCAGACUCAAAGGUGAUGUGGAUAUGUCAGUUCCAAAGAUAGAAGGAGACAUUAAAACUCCUAAGGUUGACAUCAAAGGUCCAGAGAUUGAUAUAGGAGGACCAGCGGGUGGAUUUGAAAUGCCUAAAAUCAAAAUGCCAUCAUUUGGCUUCAAAGGUCCAAAAGUGGAGGGUCCGGAUGUUGAUUUAAACCUUCCCAAAGCAGACAUUGAUGUGAAAGUACCUGACGUUGACAUUAAAGCUCCAGAGAUUGACAUUGAAGGCCCUGAUGCAAAAAUCAAAGGACCCAAAGUCAAGAUGCCAACCAUAAAAGCACCAAAGAUUCCAGAUUUUGACAUCAAACUGAAAGGUCCGAAGGUUGGUGGAGAUGUAGAUGUUUCUCUUCCAAAGGUUGAAGGAGACAUAAAAGCUCCUGAGCUGGACAUUGAAGGUCCAGAUGUUGAUAUUGAAGGACACAAAGGAGGAUUUAAAAUGCCUAAAAUCAAGAUGCCAUCAUUUGGCUUCAAGGGUCCCAAAGUGGAAGGUCCAGAUGUUGAUAUUGAUCUCCCAAAAGCUGGCAUUGAUGUGAAUGCACCUGAGAUUGACAUUAAAAAACCAGAUCUGGACAUUGGAGCACCAGAUGCAAAACUCAAAGGACCCAAAUUCAGCAUGCCAUCCAUUUCUGGACCAAAAGUGUCCAUGCCAGAUGUGGAUUUCAGUCUGAAAGGUCCAAAAAUCAAAGGUGAUGUGGAUGUGUCAGUUCCAAAGAUAGAAGGAGACAUUAAAACUCCUAAGGUUGACAUCAAAGGUCCAGAGAUUGAUAUAGGAGGACCAGUGGGUGGAUUUGAAAUGCCUAAAAUCAAAAUGCCAUCAUUUGGCUUCAAAGGUCCAAAAGUGGAGGGUCCGGAUGUUGAUUUAAACCUUCCCAAAGCAGACAUUGAUGUGAAAGUACCUGACGUUGACAUUAAAGCUCCAGAGAUUGACAUUGAAGGCCCUGAUGCAAAAAUCAAAGGACCCAAAGUCAAGAUGCCAAACAUAAAAGCACCAAAGAUUCCAGAUUUUGACAUCAAACUGAAAGGUCCGAAGGUUGGUGGAGAUGUAGAUGUUUCUCUUCCAAAGGUUGAAGGAGACAUAAAAGCUCCUGAGCUGGACAUUGAAGGUCCAGAUGUUGAUAUUGAAGGACACAAAGGAGGAUUUAAAAUGCCUAAAAUCAAGAUGCCAUCAUUUGGCUUCAAAGGUCCCAAAGUGGAAGGUCCUGAUGUUGAUAUUGAUCUCCCAACAGCUAACAUUGAUGUGAAUGCACCUGAGAUUGACAUUAAAAAACCAGAAAUGGAUGUUCAAGGACUAGAUGCAAAACUCAAAGGACCCAAAUUCAGUAUGCCAUCCAUUUCAGGACCAAAAGUUUCCGUUCCAGAUGUGGAUUUCAGUCUGAAAGGUCCCAGACUCAAAGGUGAUGUGGAUGUGUCAGCUCCAAAGAUAGAAGGAGACAUUAAAACACCGAAGGUUGACAUCACAGGUCCAGAGAUUGAAGUUGAAGGACCAAAGGGUGGAUUUGAAAUGCCUAAAAUCAAGAUGCCAUCAUUUGGCUUCAAAGGUCCAAAAGUGGAGGUUCCGGAUGUUGAUUUGAAUCUUCCCAAAGCAGACAUUGAUAUUAAAGGCCCUGAAGUGGAUCUCAAAGGACCAGAUUUUGACAUCAAGGGUGCAAGUGGAAACAUCAAAGGCCCAAAUUUCAACCUCCCAACUAUUUCACGUCCAAAUCUUUCAUUUCCAGAUGUGGAUUUCAACCUCAAGCGUCCUAAUCUCAAAGGUGAUAUCGAUGCAUCACCUCCAACGAUUGAGGGAGACAUAAAAAGCCCUGAUUUUAACAUCAAAGGUCCACAGGUCCAAAUUGAAGGUCCAAAGGGUGGAUUUGAUAUUGACUUGGAAUCUCCUGAAGGACAUCUUCGUGGACCAAAAGUAAAGUUACCAAAGAUAUCUGUACCAAAAAUGUCAUUUCCUGAUGUUGACAUCAAUCUUCAGGGACCAAAAUUGAAGGGUGAUCUGAAAGCGGAUGUAAAUUUGCCAAAAGCUGAAGUUGAAGGACCAGAUGUCACAGUUGAUGUUCCAGAAAUUGGCACAAAGAAAGCAAAAUUUAAAAUGCCAAAAUUUGGAUUUAAGGGUCCAAAAAUAAAGGCACCAGAAACUGAUGUGAAAAUGCCAGAAGGGGAUAUCAGCAUUAAAGGGAAGACUGGUAGUGUUGAAGGUCUUGAUGUUGAUCUGGGAGUGACUGGUCCAAAAAUAAAAGGCACCAAAUUUAGGAUACCAAAACUUGGUUUCAAGGGCCCAAAGGUUGAAAUUCCAGAAGUUGAUGUUAAUCUUCCAAAAGCUGAUGCUGAAAUAAAGAUUCCGGAUGUUGACAUUGAAGGACCAAAUGUUAAAUUCAAGAGUCCUGAUGGCAAAAUCAAAGGAGAAAAACUGAAAAUGCCAACUAUAUCAGGACCAAAACUCUCCAUGCCAGAUGUGGAUUUCAAUCUGAGUGGUCCUAAAUUCAAAGGUGAUGUGGAUGUCUCAGUUCCAAAGAUAGAGGGAGAUGUUAAAAUACCUGACGUUGACAUCAAAGGUCCAGAGGUUGAUAUUGAAGGACCAAAAGGUGGAUUUGAAAUGCCUAAAAUCAAAAUGCCAUCAUUUGGCUUCAAAGGUCCAAAAGUGGAGGGUCCAGAUGUUGAUUUAAACCUUCCCAAAGCAGACAUUGAUGUGAAAGCUCCAGAGAUUGACAUUGAAGGCCCUGAUGCAAAUAUCAAAGGACCCAAAGUCAAGAUGCCAACAAUAAAAGCACCAAAGAUUCCAGAUUUUGACAUCAAGCUGAAAGGUCCGAAAGUUGGUGGAGAUGUCAAUGUUUCUCUUCCAAAGAUGAAGGGAGAUAUAGAAGCUCCUGAGGUGGAUAUUGAAGGACCUGAUGUUGAUAUUGAAGGGCACAAAGGAGGAUUUAAUAUGCCUAAAAUCAAAAUGCCAUCAUUUGGCAUCAAAGGUCCCAAAGUGGAAGGUCCAGAUGUUGAUUUUACCCUACCAAAAGCUGACAUUGACAUGAAAGCACCUGAAGUGGAUAUCAAAGGACCAGAUUUCAACAUUGAGGGUCAAAGUGGUAAAAUCAAAGGACCCAAAUUCAGCAUGCCAUCCAUUUCAGGACCAAAAGUGUCCAUGCCAGAUGUGGAUUUCAAUCUGAAAGGUCACAGACUCAAGGGUGAUGUGGAUGUGUCAGCUCCAAAGAUAGAAGGAGACAUUAAAACUCCUAAGGUUGACAUCAAAGGUCCAGAGAUUGAUAUAGAAGGACCAGCGGGUGGAUUUGAAAUGCCUAAAAUCAAAAUGCCAUCAUUCGGUUUCAGAGGUCCAAAAGUGGAGGGUCCAGAUGUUGAUUUAAACCUUCCCAAAACAGACAUUGAUGUGAAAGCACCUGAUGUUGACAUUAAAGCUCCAGAGAUUGACAUUGAAGGACCAAAAGGUGGAUUUGAAAUGCCCAAAAUUAAAAUGCCAUCUUUUGAUUUCAAAGGUCCGAAAAUGAAAGGGCCAGAUGUUGACAUAAAUCUUGACCUGAAAGCACCUAAUAUUGACAUGAAAGGGCCAGAGGUUGACGUUGAAGGACUAGAUGCAAAACUGCAAGGACCCAAAUUUAAGCUGCCAUCCAUGUCAGGACCAACAUUACCAGAUGUGGAUUUGAGUCUGAAAGGGCCCAAAGUGAAGGGAGAUGUUAAUGUGUCAGUUCCAAAGAUUGAGGGUGACAUUAAAGGCCCCAGGGUGAAUAUUGGAGGACCAGAUGUUGAUAUUGAGGGCAGCAAAGGAGGAUUUAAAAUGCCUAAGUUUAAAAUGCCUUCUUUCGGGGUGAAAAGUCCAAAAGCUGAAGGCCCAGAAGUUGAUGUCAGCCUUCCUAAAACUGAUAUUGAUAUUAAAACACCUGAAUUAGAUGUCAAAGGACCAGAAAUUGACAUUGAGGGUCAAAGUGGAAAAAUCAAAGGACCAAAAUUCAAGAUGCCAACCAUUUCUGGACCGAAACUCUCCAUGCCAGAUGUGGAUUUAAAUCUCAGAAGUCCCAAAAUCAAAGGUGAUGUGGAUGUGUCAGCUCCAAAGAUAGAAGGAGACAUUAAAACACCUAAGGUUGACAUCAAAGGUCCAGAGAUUGAUAUAGGAGGACCAGCGGGUGGAUUUGAAAUGCCUAAAAUCAAAAUGCCAUCAUUUGGCUUCAAAGGUCCAAAAGUGGAGGGUCCGGAUGUUGAUUUAAACCUUCCCAAAGCAGACAUUGAUGUGAAAGUACCUGACGUUGACAUUAAAGCUCCAGAGAUUGACAUUGAAGGCCCUGAUGCAAAAAUCAAAGGACCCAAAGUCAAGAUGCCAACCAUAAAAGCACCAAAGAUUCCAGAUUUUGACAUCAAACUGAAAGGUCCGAAGGUUGGUGGAGAUGUAGAUGUUUCUCUUCCAAAGGUUGAAGGAGACAUAAAAGCUCCUGAGCUGGACAUUGAAGGUCCAGAUGUUGAUAUUGAAGGACACAAAGGAGGAUUUAAAAUGCCUAAAAUUAAAAUGCCAUCAUUUGGCAUCAAGGGUCCUAAAGUGGAAGGUCCAGAUUUUGAUAUUGACCUCCCAAAAGCUAACAUUGAUAUAAAUGCACCUGAAAUUGACAUUAAAAAACCAGAUCUGGACAUUGGAGCACCAGAUGCAAAACUCAAAGGACCCAAAUUCAGCAUGCCAUCCAUUUCUGGACCAAGUAUCUCCAUGCCAGAUGUGGAUUUCAAUCUGAAAGGUCCCAGACUCAAAGGUGAUGUGGAUGUGUCAGCUCCAAAGAUAGAAGGAGACAUUAAAACACCGAAGGUUGACAUCACAGGUCCAGAGGUUGAUAUUGAAGGACCAAAGGGUGGAUUUGAAAUGCCUAAAAUCAAGAUGCCAUCAUUUGGCUUCAAAGGUCCAAAAGUGGAGGGUCCGGAUGUUGAUUUAAACCUUCCCAAAGCAGACAUUGAUGUGAAAGUACCUGACGUUGACAUUAAAGCUCCAGAAAUUGACAUUGAAGGCCCUGAUGCAAAAAUCAAAGGGCCCAAAGUUAAGAUGCCAACAAUAAAAGCACCAAAGAUUCCAGAUUUUGACAUCAAACUGAAAGGUCCAAAAGUUGGUGGAGAUGUAGAUGUUUCUCUUCCAAAGAUUGAAGGAGACAUAAAAGCUCCUGAGUUGGACAUUGAAGGUCCAGAUGUUGAUAUUGAAGGACACAAAGGAGGAUUUAAAAUGCCUAAAAUUAAAAUGCCAUCGUUUGGCUUCAAGGGUCCCAAAGUGGAAGGUCCAGAUUUUGAUAUUGACCUCCCAAAAGCUAACAUUGAUAUAAAUGCACCUGAGAUUGACAUUAAAAAACCAGAUCUGGACAUUGGAGCACCAGAUGCAAAGCUCAAAGGACCCAAAUUCAGCAUGCCAUCCAUUUCUGGACCAAGUAUCUCCAUGCCAGAUGUGGAUUUCAAUCUGAAAGGUCCCAGACUCAAAGGUGAUGUGGAUGUGUCAGCUCCAAAGAUAGAAGGAGACAUUAAAACACCGAAGGUUGACAUCACAGGUCCAGAGGUUGAUAUUGAAGGACCAAAGGGUGGAUUUGAAAUGCCUAAAAUCAAAAUGCCAUCAUUUGGCUUCAAAGGUCCCAAAGUGGAGGGUCCGGAUGUUGAUUUAAACCUUCCCAAAGCAGACAUUGAUGUGAAAGUACCUGACGUUGACAUUAAAGCUCCAGAAAUUGACAUUGAAGGCCCUGAUGCAAAAAUCAAAGGACCCAAGGUCAAGAUGCCAACAAUAAAAGCACCAAAGAUUCCAGAUUUUGACAUCAAACUGAAAGGUCCAAAGGUUGGUGGAGAUGUAGAUGUUUCUCUUCCAAAGAUUGAAGGAGACAUAAAAGCUCCUGAGCUGGACAUUGAAGGUCCAGAUGUUGAUAUUGAAGGACACAAAGGAGGAUUUAAAAUGCCUAAAAUUAAAAUGCCAUCGUUUGGCUUCAAGGGUCCCAAAGUGGAAGGUCCAGAUGUUGAUAUUGAUCUCCCAAAGGCUAACAUUGAUGUGAAAGCACCUGAGAUUGACAUUAAAAAACCAGAUCUGGACAUUGGAGCACCAGAUGCAAAACUCAAAGGACCCAAAUUCAGCAUGCCAUCCAUUUCAGGGCCAAAAGUGUCCAUGCCAGAUGUGGAUUUUAAUCUGAAAGGUCCCAGAUUCAAAGGUGAUGUGGAUAUGUCAGCUCCAAAGAUAGAAGGAGACAUUAAAACACCUAAGGUUGACAUCAAAGGUCCAGAGAUUGAUAUUGGAGGACCAGCGGGUGGAUUUGAAAUGCCUAAAAUCAAGAUGCCAUCAUUUGGCUUCAAAGGUCCAAAAGUGGAGGGUCCGGAUGUUGAUUUAAAUCUUCCCAAAGCAGACAUUGAUGUGAAAGUACCUGACGUUGACAUUAAAGCUCCAGAGAUUGACAUUGAAGGCCCUGAUGCAAAAAUCAAAGGACCCAAAGUCAAGAUGCCAACAAUAAAAGCACCAAAGAUUCCAGAUUUUGACAUCAAACUGAAAGGUCCAAAAGUUGGUGGAGAUGUAGAUGUUUCUCUUCCAAAGAUUGAAGGAGACAUAAAAGCUCCUGAGUUGGACAUUGAAGGUCCAGAUGUUGAUAUUGAAGGACACAAAGGAGGAUUUAAAAUGCCUAAAAUUAAAAUGCCAUCGUUUGGCUUCAAGGGUCCCAAAGUGGAAGGUCCAGAUGUUGAUAUUGAUCUCCCAAAGGCUAACAUUGAUGUGACUGCACCUGAGAUUGACAUUAAAAAACCAGAUCUGGACAUUGGCGCACCAGAUGCAAAACUCAAAGGACCCAAAUUCAGCAUGCCAUCCAUUUCUGGGCCAAAAGUGUCCAUGCCAGAUGUGGAUUUUAAUCUGAAAGGUCCCAGACUCAAAGGUGAUGUGGAUGUGUCAGCUCCAAAGAUAGAAGGAGACAUUGAAACACCUAAGGUUGACAUCAAAGGUCCAGAGAUUGAUAUAGGAGGACCAGCAGGUGGAUUUGAAAUGCCUAAAAUCAAGAUGCCAUCAUUUGGUUUCAAAGGUCCAAAAGUGGAGGGUCCGGAUUUUGAUUUAAACCUUCCCAAAGCCAGUGCUGACAUUAAAACACCUGAUAUUGACAUGAAGGGACCAGAAGUUGACAUUGAAGGACCUGAUGCAAAGGGACCCAAAUUUAAACUUCCAUCCAUAACUGGGCCAGAUUUGGACAUUAGUUUGAAAAGGCCUAAAGUAAAGGGAGAUGUGGAUAUUUCAGUUCCAAAGAUUCAGGGUGACAUAAAUGCUCCCAAGGUGAAAAUUGAAGGGCCAGAUGUCAAUUUUGAGGGCAACACAGGAGGAUUUAAAAUGCCUAAGUUUAAAAUGCCUUCUGCUGGGCUGAAAGGUCCAAAGGUUGAAGGGCCAGAAGUUGAUGUCAGUCUUCCUAAAACUGAUAUUGAUUUUAAAGCACCUGACUUGGAUAUAAAAGGACCAGAAAUUGAUAUUGAGAGUCCGAGUGGAAAAAUCAAAGGACCGAAGUUCAAAAUGCCAACCAUAUCAGGACCGAAGCUGUCCAUGCCAGAUGUGGAUGUGUCAGUUCCAAAGAUAGAGGGAGACAUCAAAACACCUGAAGUUGACAUCAGCUGUCCUGAGGUUGACAUUGCAGGGCCCAAGGGUGGCUUUGAAAUGCCUAAAAUUGCUGUAAACCUUCCCAAAUCUAAUGUUGAUAUUAAAGUACCUGAUCUUGAUAUCACUACUCAAGGGCUUAAAGUCAAAGGUAAGAUGGGUGCAUCAGUGCCCAAAUUAGAAGGAGAUAUCAGAGGUCCAAAUGCUAACAUUGCAGUACCCACCGUCACUAUGGAAGGUGUGUCUAUUGAUCCUGUAAAGACAGGUGUUACAUUUCCAAAGUUCAAAGGCCCUAAGUUUGGAUUGAAAUCCCCUGAAGUGGAAGGACCUGAAUCUAAGACACCAAUGUUUAGUGUGGGAGCAAAAGCGUCCAAAACAGAAGUUAUUAUCCCAGAGACUGACACGAGUCUUGAUGCCCCUGAUAUUGAUAUUAACGUGAAGGGGAAAAUGGGUAAAUUUAAACUUCCCAAAGUGAAAGGAAAGACAAAGAAAUCUGAUGUUCACAUCGAAACACCAACAAUAAAACUGGAUGCUGACACCCCUAAUAUUCAUGUAAAAGGAACAAAAGUAAAGAAGCCUCUUUUCAGUAAACUUCAUUUUCCUGACGUUGAAUUAGAUAUCAAAUCACCAAAAUUGAAAGGUGAUGGAUCUUUAUCAGGGGGAAUGAAAUCAUCUGAUCUUGAUUUGCCAUCUGCUAGUUUUAACACCACAACUGAUAGUCCGAGUGUUAGUUUGGAAGGGCCAGAUGUGCGUUUUACAGACCCUAAUAUACACGUGAAAAGUGGUGCAGAGAUUGAUGCAGGUGUUCCAGCAGGGCGUGCAAGUGGUAUUCUUCAUUUCCCAGAGGGUAAUGUAACAUUUCCCAAAAUGAAGGUACCAAAAUUUGGCAUUGUUAUGCCUCAGCUGGAAGGGCAGCAAAGUGGAGGAAAUGUUGAAUCAGAAUUUGCAGCUAGUGGAGGCAUUAAUAUCCAGUCUCCAUCUGUUAGUUGCCAAGUCAGUUCAGAAAACACUGAGCUUCCAAGUCCAGAACUGAAGCACAGCGAAGGCAAAGUAAAGGUAAAGAUGCCAAAAUUGUUUGGCAAAUCGAAAGCAAAGGGAAGUAGUGCAGGUGAUCUCCGGGGACCAGAGGUAGAAUUUGGUGGAAAAGGUGGUAAGGUCUCUAAAGAUGUCACAGGGAAACUUGCAGGUGGAAAAUUAGAAGUAGAGGGUGAUACUGGACUCAGUAUGUCGGCUAAAGGCAAGUCUGCCUCACUGGAUCUAUUUAAGAAAUCAAGGCAUAGGUCUUCUUCUUUGAGUGAUGAAGGGGGCCUUGCAGUUAGUGCUCCUUCAGCUCACUUAGAAGCUGAGAGUGGAGACAUUUCAUUAGACCUGGGAGGAAGCAAGGUCAAAGGAAAGAAAGGCAAGCUCAAAUUUGGCACCUUUGGAGGUUUUGGUUCAAAGUCAAAGGGUUCUUAUGAAGUGACACUUGAUGAGAACAGUGAUGCAGGAGUGGAGGGAAGUGCAGGUGUUUCUCUACCUUCAAAAAAAUCUAGAUUGUCUUCAUCUUCCAGCAGUGACAGUGGUUCAAAAGGUGGUUUUAGGUUCCCAAGACUUGAACUAUCUGUUUCACCAAAAAAUGAUUAAUAAUGAGACAAAUUAAACUCUCUCAUGUACACCUUAAUACCCUCUUCUAUUAAGGUCUAUUAGGGGACGCAGUCAUCUCAAUGUUGUUAACCAAGGGUUUCCAGUAAUUAUACAAGAGUGCAUGAGAUUGUUUAAAAUCCCUUAAAACUGUAAAUAAGAUUAAUUUGUAUUGUAAUAAUAAAUAUUGUUUUGUACAUAGUCCAGAUUUAUAGAACAUAGGCCACCUCACAAAAUUUUCAGUUUAUUGCAGGGUUUAUCAUUUUGUCCUAUUUCAUUCUAUUAAAUGAUUGUUGUUAAUGAAUGGGUGUGGUAUAUUUGUAUCCAGGGGUCUAUUGCACAGAGCAGAUAGUUAGAACAGUUAUUUUGAAGGAAAAUGUUGUUUAUACACCCAGACAGACAAACAUAAACAGUUAUAAUUUUUAUGUAUGAAAUUCUUUUAUUUUCAAGCUUUGAUUUUAUAUAAUCUGUGCAGAAGCAUAUUUACGCAACAUGCUGGCCCUUUCUAAUACAUUCUAAGAGUGAUGGUGUUGUAUAUACCAUGAUUAAAAAGACACUUAUUGUUGGGAAACAACAGCUCUAAGUUUUUGUUAAUAAUUUUCUCAUCAUUUUAAAAAAAAGUUAUACACUUUUAAAUUCUUUGCCAUUUACCAAAAAUAUACAUUUGCUUCAUUUGUAAAAAUGUUUUGCUUCCUAAUCCUGUGUCAUUUUCAUACGUACCUCUUUCAUGAUCCGCUGUAUUUUAUUUUUUUGAUUUUCUGUCACUUUGUACACACACCUUGAGAUUACAUUAAACAUGUCACAAAUGAACAGUCACUUUUUGAUGCAAUUUGUUAGUUAACAAAGUCUGUGAUGUUACUGGAGAUAAAGCAUGAUUCUUUGGGGCUAUUCAUUUGUGUGCAUUCUGCCAAAUAAACUAAAUAAAAAAGAUUUACAGAUUUUA